UCCAAACAGAUCAGGACCAUGGCAAUCCCUGCUUCCACACUGGUACCACCGGGGCUGUUUUUAUGCCUCGGACUGUUGUUUUCCUUUGCCCAUGCUAAAGGUUACAAUAGCAGUUGCAUGGCCUUUAAGGAGAUCAUCACCUCCUCUGCUCCAGGAAUCAAUGUCCAUCCAAAAGUCUAUGAGAGGAACACAAGCUACACAGUGUCAGUUCCUGUGGAUUUGAACAUCACCGCUGUGGUCCUGAGGGCAGUGGACAAGAACAAGAAGUCAGCAGGCUCCUGGGCAGCAGCUGACGAGUACUGCAAUGACAGUGUUGUGUAUCUUGUGAAGGACACCAAUAGCUUGUCCAUCAUGGCCACCUGGGACUCUCCCCUUUCCCCAAACAUAACUACAGUCGAGCUACAAGCUUUUGGUGUUGAUGCAAAAGGAACGGCAAGAUUUUCCUCUCAGGAGCUUAAAGAAGCGAUGACCACGACCUCAUCCUCCAAGAUCUCGACCACCAGACCAACUACAACCAAAACCGUAACUACAACCCCCCAUUCAGACCACACCAUCCUACCCAAAAACACAACCACUAGCCCAGCCCAAACCAAAACAAGUACUACAGCCCGAACCCGUUCCACACCCCGAUCCACCACAAGCUCUGCCAACAGAGCCUUCCUCAGCCCCAUCGCUGAUGCUAUUCAGAUCCUGCUCGUCUUCUUCACCAGCAAAAUCCUCUUCUAGAAGGAAGCUAGGGGAACAAUGGCUCCUACCCCUUGAUGCAUCCUCCAACACUGAACUCCAAGUCAGUGCUCCGACAUUUGUGUGGAAGAUACAACCCUGCAGCCUCUGCUUCAAGUCAAAAGGAAAUGAUCAUUUGGAGAACAUAGCUGGUUUACUCUUUGGUGAACUUGGGGCAGACAGACGCUUAACUGGAUCUUUCAGGAGAUGAAUUAGGCAUUUUGUAAUUACCAAGGCCUGGUCAGGGAGCUGGAAUUCUGAUUCACACUUGGGACAGCCAAUUCCACAGCCAAUCUAAACUUUUGUUGAUUGCCAAAUGAUUCCUGAGUCUCAGUGGAAAGAAUCUUUCCCUCACUCUCAUGAUCUCAGAUUUCUGACCAAGUCCACUCAGGUUACACAGAGCCUUCUCUGGCUCAUGUGACCUAACAAGGAGGAAGGAAAGAACAGAACUGAUGCUACUGGCAACACUAGUGGCACAUGAAGGGUAAGAAACAGGCAUGUGCCCUGCCAGCAGUCAAUGAUAGGGAAAAUAUCAUGGCAUAAUAUAACAUUCUUUUUUGUGUUGUAUCAAAUAAACUAAUACUUCAAACAAGA